GGGGGUUGAGAUCUCCAUCCAUUUUGGGGGGUCCGGUUAUUGUAUUUGCCAGUUUCAGUUAUUGGGGGGGGGGGGGGGGGUUAAUAACCCCCCCAUCCACCCUGUAAUUUAUGCCUAUGUCUCCACCCCUUUUAAAAUGCUCACUCAUUGUGUGCCAGCAAGAAUUUUUAUUAAAAUGGAUCGUUUUGUCUUGCAAAAUUUAUUUAUUCAUAGUCACAUUCAAAAAAGGGAUUUGUAGAGCCAGAAUAUAUAACGUUUAUUCCAUUCAUGAAUUAUAACACGGACAGAUCUGGACCCACAGACAGUGAAAGGGAUACACAGGAUACAGGACCAAAAGCAGCAAAGUCUGCAAGACACACAGUCUGCAGCAAAUAGGACGCGCAGCCUGCAGGACACACAGUCGACAGGACAUACAUUCUGCAGGACACACAGGAUGAAGAACACACAGCCUGUGGGACACACAUUCUGCAGGGUACACAGUCUGCGGGACACAGCCAGUGGGACAUACAGCCUGCAGGACGCACAGUCUGCAGGAUACACAGUUUGUAGGACACACAGGAUCAAGAACACAGCCUGCUGGACACACAUUAUGCAGAUACACAAUCUGCAGGACACAACCUGCAGGACACAGUCUGAACAUUCCUCCUUCAGCUGUUUCUGCUGACUGCCAGUUUUCAGCAGGUGGCCAAUGCAGGCAGAGAAUUCAUUUUUACUUCUUGCAUAUCAGGUUAAUGGAGUGGAUAUUAAAGGUGUGUAAAUGUCCUUGUUUGAAGUGCGUUUAAAAAAAUAUAACAUGAUAUUUGUAAAGGUUUUGUGCUUGUUUAUGUUCUUGUUCUGGUCCCCUGGGUAAAAUACGCAGUGGGUCUCUCUCCUGAAUUUUUGAGCUAAUAGAGUCAUGUUCAGUGAAACAAAUGUGUCCAUCUUAAAAGCUAAUCAGUCAAUUUAACAACAAAAAUAGAGUCUGCCUUCCAGUGAUAAUUUGGAGAUGUCCUGUUGUAAACAGAAAAUUCUGGUGCGUCUUCAGCAAAAUUUCUGAAGCGUUUCAAUUUUUUUUCACAUUUGGAGCAGCAUAAGUUAAAAAUGAUUUCUCAGUGACAGUGACCUCACCGGGCCCACAGUCAUGUUGCGGGAUUCUCAGCCCUGACAUGCAGCAGCAACUCGAUUGCAAUUGCAGGAGUGACCUGCAGUUACCUGAAAUUCAGGCUCUGUUAACAUGUUCUGUCAUGCACCUCCCCCCAAAAUAGUCAUGUAAGUUCUGAGUGACAUUGUCUAGUACAUUCAUUUAGAGAAGACACUGAGUGGGUGGGAAAGGUAUUAAUGGUCUAAAUAGUUCACAUUUUUGCUCCUGCCGGGAACUGGAAGGGAGCAAAAAUGUGGGCUGUCUGGCAAGGAACUCGGAGGGAACAAAAACAUGCACCAACUAUGGGUCCCCAAGGACCGGAUAGGGAAACACUGGUCUAAAUGGUUAAGUUUACCCCAACUCUGCCUCCCAAUACGGGCCUCAUCAUCCCCUUCCAGUAGCUCAUACUUCAUUUUGCCACCAGCAAGUAGCAUCUGCUCAUUCUUUGAAGACCCCUCCCUCCCUCCCAAAAAAAAAAACUCUCUCCGCAUGAAAUGCUGCAGAUGAUACCUCUGUUUGCAAGCUUAAACUUGGGCAAGGCGUAGGAGAGAAUGAAAUACUGGCAUGACUUGCUUUCAGUUGGCAAGAAGCACGCAAGAGAAAUUGACAGGGGAGUGGGCUAUACCCCUCAAAACACCUCGCACCUCGUCCGCCUAUGUCACCUGCAGGACCUAUUGACCGGCCCUGCACUAAGGCCAAGCCUUUGAAGUCCCAGGAAGAGACCCUGAGAUCUGAACUAGGUGUGGUCAUCUAAGUACAGUCUCCAGAUAACAGUCGUUACACACAGAAAUGAGUGCAUAAACGGUUACUGGACGAUCACAAAAGAGAAAUUAAGGCAUGUGAAUGGUGGUAGGUGAAGAUAAUUCUGUGGUGACAUAUUCUGCAUGAGGCAUAUUCUGCAUGAGGCAUAUUCUGCAUGAGGCAUAUUCUGAGAGAAAUCUGAGCCUGUUGAGAAAUCUGUCCGUCUGAGUCGAGUGGAAUAAUAUGAAGUAUAACCUGAGAGCAGCAGCAGAUCCCUUUAGUGGGGCGAGUUGUCCUGAACCUCGGUGGACCAUCUAACGUCAGACGGUCGACUUGUGAAUCAGCACAAAGGAACAGGCGUGGGAAGCCCUUUCUGUCUCAAAUGUACAUAUGCUUGAUUUGAGGAACUGUGUUUUAAAGAACCACAAACCUUUAGUGAUGUAAGUCAAUCUUUGCCUGCAGCUUUUGUUAAUUAUGUACUUAAUUCCAAGAGGAACUUUUAUUUAGAUGCGUCUGCUACUUGUAGAAAUUAAUUAAUCUGGACUGUAAUCAAUCAAUUUAUCAAUCAAUCAACGAACAAGCAUACCUUAGAAUUUCAAAAAUUUCAAUUUUUAUUGUGUGUUGAGGACUUAUUUUUUCUUGGGUGGCUUCCAGCUUGAUUGUGCUGGCAAUAGAGCACAAUCACAUAUGAGAUGUGCACGUCUUGUGAUGAGGUUACAGGCUUAUUAUGUUGGCGGUGCGAGAGCUCUGGGUUGCAGCAUUGCUUCAAUUUAUAAAGACUCAAAGUAACAGUAUAGUCUGAAAUCCCAGUGUUAAACCCAGUGUUGAAAACCCAGUGUUAAGUGGUCCAGGAAGGGAGGCCCCUACAGCAUUGUUCCAUGGAACCAUCAACCUCCAUACAGCUGCCAUCCGUCUUCCCUUGAGUACCGACUCUGGAGCCUCUUCCAAGAGGUUCAGGACACAAGCUUGGGGAGCCACACCUGCAAACUCUCUCUCCCUCUAAAUGUGGCCAACUGGUUGAGCAUUUUGUGUCUCUUGGUGAUGCCUGGUGGCGUAUUGUAUUUUGAAAACGUUCAGCACAAACCGCUGCCAGCGCAGGUUCAGAACCGGCACCCAGGUUCUCGCUGGUGGGUGAGUCAAUGCAGAUUUAAAUCAGCGCCAAGAACGAUGUUGUGUGCUUGGAGGUCAUGGCCAGUUAGUAUGUUCUCCUUGUGCUGCUGACGACUGCAGACCUUCGCUAACCAUGAGAGGCAUUUGCAUUUGGAGGAAACUUGAGUGUGAUGACUGAAGACUGCCAGAAAUGUUCUGCUCUUGUGGAAAUACCUUCAAAUUUGUUUCUUCUUAGCUUUUGGGUCUUUGUUUUGCUGGAUAAAGGGAUCGAAGAUCAGUUUGGUGCUUCAGCUCUUCAUUGCUGUGAUGAGAUAAAUUAGCAAAACUCCAUCUACCCUAGCUGAUGUUCAUGUAAAUAUAAAUUGUUUUAUAGAUCUCACAUCACUUGGGUCCAAGUCUGUACUUUGCAAACUCUCUAGUCUCUGUCAGUUUGGUAUUUGUGUACUUCAUAUAGCCGCAAGUGUAUUUUGUUCACAGAUUCUGUGAUAGCACUGAUGGGACCCUAAUGCAAGCAAAGGGACAGACUGAUUACCAUGUGCAUGGAAACUCUUUUCAGGUGUGUUCAUUCCUGCGUUACUACAGAAACAUGAGAAUAGGAAAUCGGUACAAGGUCUCCAGGACCCAGACCGGGAUCAGGGAUUUUAAUAGGGGAUGGAUGGAUGAUGGAUAGAUGAAGGGAAGGAAAUAAGGGAGGAAGAGAGGAAAGAAGGGAGGAGCGAUAUAAGGGAGGAAGGAAGGGAGGGAGGAAGCAAAUAAGGAAAUGAAAAGGUAUUCUGAAAUCUACAUUGAUAAGAACUUGGAUAUGAGUUAUAAAUAUCAUAUUCUGACGAAAUUAACAUUUUUUUGAAAGUCAGAGGCAGACGAGAAUAAAAAAUCAGUGGGAAUGGGUCGUGGUAAAACAUAUAUGUCUGGGUUGCACUCAAAUGUUGCUGUUUUAAAGAAGUGUGAUACCUUUUAGGAUUUACAGAUAUGCUCUUAAAGGGAAUAUUUAAUGAGCAGUAUGAACAAUGUCAUACAUUUUACAUAAACUGAAUUUUAAAAGUUCUCAAAACAUAACGGUAGCAUCAGGAAAUUAUGUCCGUUAAAAUGUUAGAACCUGGAAAUUUGCACCUUACAGGAAUGGGUGCAUUAGGUCUGUUUCCCUCAUGGGUCUUUCGAUGUGUCAUUUUUUUGCUAUUGUUUGUGAAUUCAAUACUUAUGUAAAGGUGAUUAUAUUAUUUGGCAUGUUCACAAAGAGUUCUUUCAGCUUCAUAUUCAUAAUUAUUUCAUAACCUGCCUCACCGGAACAUGCUUUAGAACUAUAUAACUAUAAUUGUAUAAAACUAUAUAACUAUAACUGUAUAAAACUAUAUCACUUUAACUGUAUAAAACCAUAUAACUAUAACUGUAUAAUAAUCUCCCUGCUUUAUUAUUGCUGUUUGGAGCUUCGGUGCUCAUCUGUUGAAAAGAUGAUCUUAAUUUUUGCAUCUUUUUAUUUAUUAAGAAAUAUAUAUAAAAACGUUGAUCUCAAGGUUCAAUGUGAAUAUAUUCAAAAAGGGAAAGUAGUUGCUUGUCUUUUGAUUAAAUUACUAAACAUAAUAUAGUGAUCAAUAGUUUUGCUUUGGGUGAUCGUUAAAUGUGAUUAAAUAUAUUUGUGCAUAAAUUAUCUGUUUAACCCUUUUUAAAAAUAACGUUAUUCAGACACCAUCCCCACUAAUUCGUUUAAGGGGGGUGGCAGAAUGAUUUACAUUUUAUUAUACUUUUAAGUAAUUUUAUGUCUAUUCAUUUUAUUGUUUUAUAUAGAAAAUGGCACGUAAGGUUCUACAUUUUUGCAGCUAAUAUGUCUUAUUGUAAUAUUUCGUUUGUUUUUCUACUAAUGUCACGUUUCCCAUCUACACAAAGAUAAGUGUACGCAAAAAAACGACUCUGAAGCUACUGCAGCUGCAAUUAUCAGACUGUAUAGACAAUCAGGAAAGACUAUAAGCCCUUAGAAAACCUGUAUUUCGACUUAAGGACUUAACUGUCAUAAUGGCUGUUGUAGUGAUCAAAGAUAUCAUCAAUAAGUGAAAUUUUCGACCACAUAACAUUUACAGUACAAAAAAAAAUAAUACUCAAAACGUAAAAACAGAAAACUCUUUGAGUAAUCUACAUACACAGUAUAACAUGGUUUCUAUUUAACUAAUAAAGCAGCUAACUUCAGAGACACUUCAUGCCGUAUUAUAAUAAGAUAUUUCGGAUAUCUUAUUUCGUUAUUCUUCUCUUUAGUGCUUUACAUGCUUUAUAAUGUAUUGGUUACACUAAAGUAGACAUAUACGCAUAAAGGAAACAAACGGAGAAGGUAUUAGUUUGUUGCGACGGAAGUGCUAUCUUUAACGUGCAUGGUAAAAAAAAAUACGGCAAUGUCCUUUAAUCACCCUUGUCUAUAGCCUAAAUGGACGCGAUAACUUUCUUUCCUCCGUUAAUGGGUGGGGGUAGGGGAACAUAUGGCACACUGUUACCUUUGUGAUCCGACUUCAACAUCCGCUAACGUAGUAGCCUAAUAUCUUUAUACGUGGAAAAACUUCAAGUCGCGCAAGUGUGUUCGCCACCUGAUACACUUAGUGAAGAAUAAACGACGGUGUAUCUAUGUCUUGAAUUAACUAGUGCAGGCUACGUCUGUGGACUUAACAAGAUCACAAAGGUGAUCUUAGCUGCUUCUGGAGUCAAUUCAUUUGCUUCAGAAUUGCAGAACCUAUGAAACCCCAGCGGUGAAGUAUUGGGGAAAGUCACAAGCCCGCAGAAAGAUGCGCUUCAUAGCCCAACAUUGGUCUCAAUAAAAAAGGCGAUUCGUUUGUCUGAUGCAUUAUGUAUUUUCUAAAGGUAUGUAAAUGUUACUUCACCUGCACAUAUUGAUUCAUCUUGGCGCGCACCUCAUUUCGACCAGACCGGCGUCCGAGGAAUACAAUUAAGCUGAAAAAUGAAAUACUCAUAUGAAAGAAUUGCGCACCAAGAUAUUAAAUCAGUUCGUUAAGUAUGAGUUCGACCUGUUUGUGAUUACAAAUGAUGUAAUCACGAGGGGUGUUUGAUGUUCCAUAUUACAUUCAAGUGAAAAUGAUCGUUUUGUAAAUCACUGCUUGAUCGAUUUAUGUAUUUUGUUGAUAGCGUCUAUAUAUUUGUUGGCUUGCAAAUAGCCUGAUAUACAUAAAUCUAUAUUGCUUUCUGUAUACUAUAUUUGCGUUUUACUAACAGUAUACAAUUAAAUAUUUCAACGCCCAUUCAGGUCUAAAAUAUCCAUGGAAGUAAGAAAUUUGAAAAUAUCUUAAACGCGUCAUUGAUUUUGCUUGUUAAUGUAUUAUUUGUGCUAUAUUCACAAGUUUCAAUAAUUAUAAAACAAUUACAAAGAAAAAAAACGAUUAAGCGCCAAUUUCAAAUAUUUCCAUAUAUGAACUUUCAAAACUAACAAAAAGUUCAACGCUAAAAGCCACAAAUCAUAAUAUUUCCCGCAGUAUGUUUUAAGAAUAGAGUCUAGCCCGACACAUACGCAGGUGUUGCUACCGCCUUUGUUCGUGGUCGAUUAGGCGACUUUUCUUUGUGAGCACAUGGCCUCACCGAUUAAUAAUUUGUAAUACGGUCAUUUAGGAGGCGCUAUCAGCGGAGUAGCGGGAUACCGCGGCGGAGCAAGUCUGCCCAGUAACAAACUGCCUUCCAUGCUCGCGAGCAAUUGGCUAUGCAAAUUGCAACAAAGGGGAGGAAACAAAUGUAAAAACAACUAAAAAAUUUUUAAAGAGACAUUUACCACAUCUACUUCAAGUGAACGUACAGCUUGAGCUCUCUGCUGCUGAGUUGUGCAAACAGUUACCCACUGCAUAGUCCGCUUAAGUCUGUUUACUGCUCGUGUACAGGUAAACUGCCAUGCUGUGCAGUGACUUUUUUGUAAGAAAUGUUAUCGGCGGUAGUUGUUUUGAUAUUGUGUGCGGUUUAUGAAUAAACAACUGCAAAAUUUGUCUGUCUUAAGCUUUUUGUGCAAGCAUCACCGGCAGUUUUGACUUUCAAGAUAUUUAGGAUGCCAUUUUAAUUUGCUGAAUAAUUUCUUUCUCAUUUUGAUGUAGGUUAACGUAAUAUCUGUGGGCUAUGUAGAAAGCGUCUUUGCUCACAUUGCUGAAGCUACACAUCUCCAUUCACCAUUGCUAUCAGCGUCCGUUUUCCAAAGUUUGACAGAAAGUAUAAAUAAAUAGAUGAUGCUCUCAACACAUAUACCGUACCGCAGUAUCCCUAGUGUGCUAUCUCUUCAACACAAGCUCUACGACAAUUGCAUUUCCUAGAAAGCUAUUUCUAGACCGCAAACGUCGCUGCUAUGCUAUAUAAGAGAGUAGUUUAGACCUUUUGGUGCUGCAUAAUUCAGAAGGAAAGCAUGGACCAUAACAUGACAUAUUGAAAAUGUAUGAAAAAUAUAGGGAGUUUACGAAUGCUUUUUCUGCAAACCGUACGUGGUUUUGAAGUAGACAGAAGAUUAGCAUUUAAUUUGGACAAUGCAAUUCACACACUACAAACACUUUAAUCACACGCUAUACAAAAUAUGCACAAUCUCUAUCAUAAAUCACAUGAAUGCAUUGCAUGCAUUUUUAUUGCACGGCCAGUGUGUGCUAUACAUAAGCAUUUCACACAUUAGCUAUUAGUUUGUCAAGUGUGUUUCACUGGGAGAAAAACGCUAUUCUGGUGUGCCUAUUUUAAUGUGUUCGCACGUGUGAGAGAGUCGAGCUUAAAGGGUGGUGGACUGUCUGAGGGUGGGCAUUUUAUUUAGUCAUUAUUGCAUUCGUGAGACAAAUGUCACUGCGAAUUUCUACAUGAGAACGUCUUCGUCCUGCAUCAGCUUACCGAAGAAAAAAAUGUUUCAUGUGUGCAUGCAUGGACCGCGAGCCAACUGUUCGACAUAAUGAGAUCCACUGUUUGAGUCUUGCGUCAUUUAGAGCAACAGGCGAUCUUCGAAUGUAGCGACAGGAAAGUGAGAGCAGAGCCGAGUGGAAGGAAAAGUUCACAAGGGGAGGCAGGAGUUCUUGGUAGCCCUGCAGUCUCGCUUGUAUGCUUUCCUACAAGACUUCGCUUCGAUUUUUUUGUACUUUUCCCCAAUUGUCAUUGCAUGUUUUAAAGAGUGGUCGUAUUUGACAAGGAAAGAACUGAAACAAUCAUGGAACUGCUUUGCUUGGAGGACGCCACCGUAAGGGCUCGUCCCGACCCGAACCUCGUCUAUGAUGACAGGGUUUUACAGAAUCUAUUGAGGAUCGAAGACAGAUUUCUCCCCCAAAGUUCUUAUUUCACAUGCUUUCAGAAGGAUAUUCAGCCAUUUAUGAGGAGGAUGGUUGCAACUUGGAUGCUAGAGGUUUGUGAAGAACAAAAGUGUGAAGAAGAAGUUUUCCCCUUGGCGAUGAACUACUUGGACAGAUUUUUAGCCGUUGUUCCCACCAGAAAAUGUAAUCUGCAGCUGCUAGGAGCGGUGUGCAUGUUCCUCGCUUCAAAGUUAAAAGAGACGCGACCAUUGACAGCAGAAAAACUCUGCAUUUACACAGAUAAUUCUAUCAAGCCGCAAGACCUUCUGGACUGGGAACUUGUCGUCUUGGGGAAGUUGAAGUGGAACCUCGCGGCUGUCACCCCCAAUGACUUCAUCGAGCACAUUGUCCGGAAGCUUCCGCUGCCCGAGGAUAAGCUGGCGCUGGUCCGCAAGCAUGCUCAGACCUUCAUCGCCCUUUGUGCCACAGAGUUCAGUUUUGCGAUGCGUCCACCGUCCAUGAUCGCCACAGGCAGCGUGGGAGCAGCCAUCUGCGGCCUCCAGCUGGACGACGCCGACCGGUCGCUGUGGGGCGACAACCUGCCGGAGUUGCUGGCCAAGAUCACCAACACGGACGUGGACUUCCUGAAGGAAUGCCAGGAGCAGAUCGAGCAGGUGCUGGUCAACAGCCUGCGGGAGGGCCGGCGGCAGCAGCAGGAGGGCGGGAGCGCGCGGGGCAAGGCCCCCGAGGAACAGGACCAGUCCAGCACACCCACGGACGUCCGGGACGUCAACCUGCAGUGAGCCGGCAGGGCGGGGGGGGAGAGGGGGGGGCGGCAACAGAGCAGCGCACUGACCAAUCGAACCCCCCCUCCAAAACAAAAAAAAAUGACAAAAAAACACACACAGAACCCCAACAAAAAGUGCUUGCUAACGUUCCUCUUCUGUCUCCUGCUCCCAAUAUAUCCCAAAAUACAACCUAUUUUAGAUAAAAAAUUAUUUUUGAAAACAAUGAAACAAAAAAGCCCUGUGGUGCCUCCGAGUUACAGAAGGGAAGCCUGUGUUUUGUGUGGUCGCUGUUUUUGAUUGUAUAUGCAUCAUAAAAUUAUAUUUAAUAAUUAAUAAGAUAUAAACAGUUUAUGAGCUUUUAAGUAUUGUGGGUAAACGCUGCAGGGCUGCAUGCAUGAGGUGAACACAGGGGCUGUGGAACUUAAUGUGUUAUUUUGUUUAGUUUUUUUUUUUUUACCGUUCUUGUGCAGACAGAUACUGGGGGGGAGGGGCGUUGGGGGUGUCACCACCGGCCUCCAUGGAGUGUGGGAGUCGAUGCUCCCCCCCCGAGAAGGUCAGGAGGGCUCUUACUUGCAGUGUAGCUAUGUUUAAGAGGAAUUUAACAAUGCAGAAUCUCAUUACGGUAGUUAAUGUUAAAUGUAUUAUUAUUAUUAUUUUAUUAUUAUUAUUAUUAUUAUUAUUUUGUCAGUUGUUUCGUUUUUUGGGCAACUGCGUUUGUCACUGUAAAAGUGACAGUGACUUUUUUGACCUGUUUUCUGUUGAACACACCUGUGUUCAACCAGGUGCGAUGCGGCUGGGUUGCCCGCCGUUUGCGGCCAGGGAUGGAUGGGGGGGGUCGAUUAGGAUGGGCCCAAAGCUACGAUCUUUAGGUAUUCUUGUUCCACCUGACAAGUUGCCAAUGCAAACCCCAACAGCGCCGUUUGAUAGAAAUGCCUUAAUCGCGAUCAUUCUGUGUUGUUACCCGAGUCAUUCGGCCCACCGGGCUGGCCCCGCCUCACCUUGGUGAGGGGCAGAGAGGGGUCUGAGGGGCGGUGGCAGUGCAGACGCUGCUGCGUUUGGGAGGAGACCUGUGGAGGCUGUGAGCUUAGAGUUAGGGUGAAAGACAAGACCGGAGGAGGAAGGGCGGGUACUGUGAGUGCGUCCUCACAGUGCAGCUCAGCGUCUUAUAGUGUCUCUUCACAGUCCCAUGAGGCAUGGGUCACCACAUCGGCACCGACACGUUACUCGUAUCCAAAGCAAAGCACUUUGAAGAUGCUUCCCAAGGGACACGCAAAAUGGUCGUAACGAGGGGAAGUGCGACCUUCUUCUGCGGAUCUUUCUAGGCUUUCUGCUUUAUAGGGCUGGUUUCCCGCUCAGUUCUGAAUGCAAAAGUGUGUAGAUGUUCCAGGUCACUUCUGACACCAAUGACGAGGACAGUUCCACCCAAGAAAAAGCAAAACAUUCCAAAAAGCAGCUUGCGGCCAUACGGUCUGACCAUUUCGUACAGUAUACAAUCUAAAAACAAGCAAGACCAGCGCAAAUGAACUGAAACAAACGUGUGAAAAGGCUACAGACAAGGUUCACCAUUUGAAUUUAGGUUCUUCUCUGAGCAAACGAAACAUUUGUUUUACUUGAAUUUUGUCUGCUUCACUCAUAAGAUCACUUGGACAAUGCGAACAGAACAUUUAAGGUUAAAGCCACCUUUUCCCUAAAUGUUAGUUUUUUUGUUUUUUUUUUGCACAGUUGAUGUUUCGCUUUGUAAGCUGUUAUUUGUUGGAAGCUGCCUGAUCCAGGUGCCCUUGACUGCUGUGGUGACCUCAUCGGGCAGGCUGUGUUCAAACCGCAUACAUUAAAGUAAAAGGCCACGCCCCUGCCCACCCCCCAUCGCUGCUUCUCAAGGUUUUCUUGGCCUGGGAUUUGAUCUGCACAGCCCCCCCCAGCCCACAGAGGGUACACCAGCAGCAGGGACCGCCUUUCAAUCCUGCAGAAUUCUUGGCCCGCUCGAAACAGUCUUUUAAUAUUCAGGGUGGGGGGGGGUCAGGAAGGGGGCGGAGCUAAGGCUUCAAGCAUUACACCUUUAGCUAACUCGAUAGAACCUUGUGAAUAUUGUAAGGCUCCCCCCCCCCGCCUCCAGCACCAGCGGGAGCAGAACACCCCCCCCCCCCCAACGCCUUACCGUGUGUUAUGCUUCCUUCUGGCCAGCUGCAUUCUGCUCGAUUGUGAUGCUCAUUUGCCAUGUUCAUUUGCCAUGAUCACAAGAAAUGUGCACGCCUUACAUUUUUUUUGUUAUUAUUCUGUGUUGUUUCUGUUGUUUAAUGGGGAGGGGUUGGGAUUUGUACCGGAAGGGGGAGAGGUGACUCAUAUGCCUGAAGGGGAGGGUAGGUCUGGGCCGGGCAGUCACACCUUACAGGGGGGAAGGGGGUAGAAAUAACAUUGCUGGACUUUUGUAAGUAAUGCUGUCUAUUCAGUGGACAGCUCACAUCUAAGACAGCCUGUUACUUUCUAACCCAGACAGUGAUCAUAUUGGAGUAGUUCUAGGGGCAGCCAGCAGGUGGCAGUGUGAGGCGCGACUGGCCCGACCCCGGGAUAGAUACUGUAUUCCAAAGUGAGGAGGGCAGGAAGCUGAGGGAUGAUGUCAUCCGGUCCUUGUAUGUGUUUUUAUAUUGUUUUUUUUUUGCGCUGCUAAAAAGCUAUGAUUUUGUUUUCAUUCUUAUACACAAAUAACAUUACUUAGUUGUGAUGUGUCACUUGAGUGUGCUGCUAUUUUAUAAACAUUUGUACUAUAAUAUAUUUACGGCUUACGUGAAAAAAAAAAUCAAAAUACUGAAGUAGAUGGUAAAAAGAAGAAAUGGGUAUUUGACAGGAAAGCUCUGUACAGUUUUUUGUUUCUGUGUUUCGGAUAGCAUGUUACUGUGGCCCUUCCUCUUCCUCAUCACAUCCUGCAAAUACGGUAUUUCUGUACCUCAGGUUUACUGGACAAAUGAACGGAUUUCCUUUUCAUUCAUUACCUCACAACUCUACAGUCUUUUUUUGUUUUUCAGGGAGCCUGGGAAGUUCAUGUGUAAAUAAAAAAUCUCGGUCGCUCCGAGAUCUGGGACGAAUUUGCUCGCAGCUGGAGAGACUUUAGGCUCCCGCUUGGACUUUAUCGUAGUGGAAGCCCCCACACACCACCUCCAUCUCUUUGCCCCCCCCCAGCCCCCAGCUUGAAAUCUAGCAUUGCAAUCUUAACGGUGCUAAAAGUGGUGUGCGAGACUACCAGUGCGCUGAUGGCGGAGAUAAAGGGAGGGGACUUGAUUUAGACUUUUCAUUUAUUUCUCUUAAGAGCUGAAUGGAUCGAUAACUGCAAACUCAAUGAUGUCAACUGAUGGAAGACAUUGGCGGUCUGAGCAGUCAUGGAUUACGUCUGUAGCGUUCACUGAUGUAGCUGACUGAUUGCCGUUUGCCACAGGCUCUCUUUCACAGUCCUGGUCAAGCCCAGGAAUGAAAUCUUUAAUAUGGAGUGUGCUUCUCCUGCCUCGGCAAGUCCCAGUAACAGCACUCAUUCCAUUCCAUUCCAUUCCCAACCCUUUCCACUAUGAACCACAUCAUGUACCUCAGUAAUAUCUGUUGCACAAUCUCUGCUCAGUAAAAGUCUGCCUUUGAUGAGGGUGACACCAUACCUGUUCAAAGUUAUGCUCGCAGUACGAGUUGGGUAGAGGGCGGGAUCAGUUGGUAAGUACUGCAAGUAGGGGGUGUGGAGAUAGUGGAUGUCGAAUGGAGAGGAGGUCUUCACUGGUCCUUGGAGUCCAAAACAAGCUGUAGGAAGGCAGGGACCCAAAAAUCAGAUCUCCUCUCCAUCCCACCCUACCCCCACUCCACCAGUAGACUCAAAAAGCAUCUACUUGGUAGGGGGGGGGGACACUGGCACUUCUGCUGGCAUUCUGAUCUCCCCCCCCCCCCCCCCCUUGGUGCCCAGCAUUAUCUAGUCAGACACACAUCCCUCCAAGACAAGUUUGAGAACUCGAAAGGUCUAGUAAGUUAGUCAGUGAGUCAGUUUUGAAGUUAAUAUUGAAUUCAUUAUUGUCAGCUCUGUGUGGUCACCAGUUCUGUAUUGAUCUGUUUGGAAAGGGUUGCUUUCAAGUGAUGUGAAGGAUGUAGGAAUGCUGUACUGUCAAUAAACUCACUCAAUGAAUGAA